UGGCAAACCGCGGACAGAUGCGAGUCGGGAGAAAGUGAAUUUGGAGGCACUUUUUUUGUUGGACUCGCUCGGCGCUGAUUCGCUGCUGCUGGUCGGCUCUUUGUGCUGCAGCUUUUUCCUUUUGGGUAGAAAGACCUCCAAGAUAGAUUCCCUCAGGAGUAAAGUGGACUUGCUGCGCCUCCCUCUGGCCCUUUCCUCCAAGUCCAUCAGCCAUCACAAGAGCCAGCUGGGCGUGGUCUGGGAGAAAGGCGGCGGCGGCUCGGGGGCAGGAGUGGCCCGGAAACCCCGCCCACCGCUGACCUCCGACAUGGACAACGAGUCGACGUACUCUGGCUACUCCUACAAGUCGUCCCACUCACGAAGCUCCCGCAAACACAGGGAGAGGAGGGACAGGCAUCGCUCGAAGACUCGCGACAUCAACAUCCGUGGAGACAAAUCGGUGACCAUCCAGGCUCCUGGAGAGCUGCUGCUGGACGCAGAGUCCACCAGAGGAGACGACCGGGAUGACAACUGGGGCGAGACCACCACGGUGGUCACCGGCACCUCCGUGGACAGCAUCUCCAACGAGGACCUGACACGGGUCUCUAAGGACCUUGAGGACUCUUCGCCGCUCGAGUGCCGCCGUUACUUUGGCCCAGCGUUGGGCGCUGUCCUGGGGUUCUUUGCUCUGGUCACCCCUCUGGCCUUCUUGGCCCUCCCACAGCUCCUGUGGCGGGAUACGCUGGAACCUUGCGGCACGCCAUGUGAGGGCCUUUACAUUUCUCUGGCCUUCAAGCUCCUGAUCCUCCUCAUCUCCACCUGGGCGCUGUUUCUCCGCCCGCCCAGAGCCACCCUGCCGCGCUUCUUCAUAUUCCGCUGUCUGCUGCUGGCGUUGGUCUUUCUCUUUGUGGCUUCUUAUUGGCUCUUCUACGGGGUGCGGGUGCUGGAGCCCAGGGAGACGGACUACAGGGGGAUCGUUGGAUACGCAGCAUCUCUGGUGGACGCUCUGCUGUUCAUUCAGUACCUGGCCCUGGUGCUGCUGGAGGUCAGACAUCUGCAGCCUGCUUUCAGUCUGAAGGUUGUGAGGACCACAGACGGAACUAGUCGCUUCUACAACGUGGGUUAUCUCAGUAUUCAGCGGGCAGCGGUGUGGGUUCUGGACCAGUACUACAGUGACUUCCCGGUCUAUAACCCUGCCCUUCUCAACCUGCCCAAGUCCAUCCUCUCCAAGAAGAUGUCUGCCUUCAAGAUCUACAACCUGGGGGAAGAGAACAGCACCAAUAACUCUACGGGGCAGUCCACAACAAUGGUCGCAGCCGCUGCUUGCAGACGAGACAACUCCCACAACGAGUACUACUACGAGGAGGCAGAGGUGGAGCGCAGGGUCCGCAAACGCAAGGCCAGACUGGUGGUGGCAGUAGAAGAAGCCUUCACCCACAUCAAGCGGCACCAGGAUGACGAGGCUGCCGCAUCCUCCCCCAAACACCCGCGGGAGGUGAUGGACCCCAGGGAGGCAGCCCAGGCCAUCUUUGCCCCCAUGGCGCGGGCCAUGCAGAAGUACCUCCGCGCCACCAGGCAGCAGUCCUACCACAGCAUGGAGAGCAUCAUCAACCACCUGCAGUUCUGCAUCACGCACAACAUGACCCCCAAGGCCUUCCUUGAGCGUUACCUCAGCCCUGGCCCCACCCUCCAGUACCUGGACAACAGCAGGGGGCGCCAGUGGACACUAGUGAGUGAGGAGCCAGUGACCGCUGCUCUGCGUCAAGGCCAGGUCUUCUCCUUGAGACGCCUCGACUUCUCCCUGGUCAUCACGGUGACGCCGCUCCCCUUCCUGCGCGUGGGCGAGGAGUUCAUUGACCCCAAAAGCCACAAGUUUGUCAUGAAGCUCCAGUCAGAGACGUCCGUGUAGGAGGAGGGGGCAGGGGAUUACUAAUGGCCGGCAGGAAGGCGGUAGAUGGUGAAUCAAAGAUACUAAUCUUAGUGCUUUCAGGGUAUCUUUUUAUACCUUUUGGUAUUACAUAGUUGUUUUCAUGUUUGUUUGUAUGUUGUUGAUGAAAACCCAAAUGAUAUGGCAAAAAUGACCUACGGGAAAUAAUGCAGAGCAAUAGAAAUACCCUGUCUCAAAUAGUUCCUCUUUUCGUUCUCAUGUUUGACACUUUCCUCUAAGUGCUGACUGUUAACUUCUGAUAAUUGGCUGCAGACUGCUUCCAGUUCUCAGAAUACUGAAGAAUCAGCACAGUUUUUUAAAGAAGUAUUACACUACGCAUGUACUGGAAUACGUCUGGACUGUCUGUGGUAAAUAUUCAUGUCCACUAGUCUGCAAGAACGCCGCACAGUUGAUCAUUUGUAUACAUCACACAUGAGAGGUUUCGUUGCUCGCUCUUUGUCAGAGCUUAUCUUACUUGUCUUUCCCCUUUUAUUUGAACUUCUUCUUUGCUGCUGAAUGUGGCCUUUACAGGCUAUAAAUGGACAAAAGCAGAUAUUGAAACAAUGAACUACAUGGCCUUGUUCAGACAGCCCAAAGUUUUGGCCUAUCCAGAUUGGUUUUAUGUCUCAACAGCAAAAAAACACAUGAAAUUAUCUUUUUGCAAAUCGUAUACAAGCUACAUUUGGAGGUGGUUUGAAAUGGGAUUCCAAUCAGAUUUCUAUCAGUUCAGGUCUUUUGCGACACAACACAGCACACAAUGGCGACAUAAAAUCCAAAGCGUCAGAAGCGCAUCAGUGUGGCUGCGCAGAAUCCAAGCUGCAUCACUGAGUUUGUCUGGCAUGACGGGGGAGUUGCCAUGACAGCACCACUGUUUGGAGGGGGAGAUGAUGGAACUCCAUUUUUCAUGGUGCAACUCAUGCAGAUAGCUCGGUGAUGUCUGGACACACAAAUCCGAUCAGACUGUCCGCACAGUCUGUCUUAAAGACCUGAUUUGAGUCUGAACGAAGCCUAAAAGAUCCCCUGGCCUUCUCUCACCUUUUGAACGUUGGCUGGAUUCUCGCUGUCUGAAUCAAAGGGGAUGAAACUGUUUUUUUUAAACUUGCUCUAUUUUUGUUUCCACUGAAUAGUUUACUGAGACUUUCUACUGAAAGUAAGAAGUAAGAAACACUGUAUGGACUAGAUGCACUGGGAAUUUCAUAACUCUGUUAAGGUUUUGUUGAAUCACUUCUCUUUUCUGGAGAACCUACAGAGAUGUAUUUUUAUGGUUACUACUCACUGCACUGACAACAAAAUAGAACUUUCUAAGCACAAUGUAAGACCAGUUUUGUGCAGUAACACUGAUAGCAGAUGUUUUCAGCCCUACAAAUGAGGUUUGAAUUGGACUUAAUGAGCUCCAGUAACUUCAGCCAAGUACCACCAAUGUGCUUCUUUUUGGCAGCUUGAUGUUAAUUACUGUCUUUGAUAUUUUGCAACAUGUGUGAAUUUGUGUGUGUGUUUGGUGAAGCAUGGCUGGAUCAUUAACUGGAAAAAGAGGCUUUAUAAAAUCAGAAUACUUGCCCUUUAAUUUGUUUAGUUUAUAUUGAGCUUGGAUAUAUUCCUUUGUUUUAUCGAAUAGCUUCAAGGUAACUGACACACAGAAACAGUCCAAAAUCCAUAGACAUUCAGUUUAUUAUCAUGAAUAGAUACUUUUUUGUUUUGUGCUUAAAAAAAGACUUAAUUCACCAAUCACAAUAGCUAAAUAACUGAUUUAUAGACUAAUCGCUCCACUUCUAGAGUACUAGUUGGUGUCUAAAGAAAUAAUGAAGCUGCCGUAUACUGAGGAUGUUCAUCCUGGUUAGUCCAGCCAUGGGUUGAUAGAUGUGCUCAUGUUGUCUUUUUUUUCAUUCAAAGAUGUCCUUUUUACACUACAGAUAGAGAUUAUUGUGCCACUCACAAGCAGUUUACAUGUACAUUUCAAUGCAGUUUUCUAAGGUUGUAUUUUUCCUGUUUUGCAAUGGAUCCCUUCGUUGUAUUCAAUCUACGUUCCUAACACUUGUCUCUGAAGAACUUUGUCUUUAAAAACAAGUUUGUUAUUUUUACACUGUCUUUUUAGGGCUGAGUUGAUGUGAACAUUUUUAAUAAAUGAUCUCAUCCCAUGUGUAAGUCA